UGGUGGCUGGCCCGCUCCAGCAGUCUAAGGUGCGGGAGGUUCCUCUGCCACUUCUGGACAUCGAGGGGGUUCCCGCAUAUACGUUGCAGGCCAUCAUGCACUCUAGGCGUCGGGCGAGGGGCCUUCAGUACCUCGUGGAGUGGGACUGUCCGGAGGAGAGAUGCUGGGUGCCGGUGGAGGACAUACUGGACCCUUCCCUACUACAGAAAUACCACCCAGAUCGCCCUGCGCAUCGUCCUCCGGGUCGUCCCCGAGGCCAGUGUCGACGCGCUGCUGGAGGCAUGCGUCAGUGGGGGGAUAUUGUCACGACUUCCGCCGAAGUUGGUGCCUCUCCUUGUUCGGGUGGCGUUUGGCGCUCGUUGUCACCGGCUUUAUAGCUUCCACCGAUCCAUGUUUCUGUUUUCCAUUUGUUAUGUCUUGAGUGAACACACCUGGUUCUCAUUAAGUUAUUCUUAUUUCCCUAUUUAACCCUCUGGUUCUCAGUAUGUGUGGUGCGUGAUUGUUCCUGUUAUGUUUAGUCUUGCGUGUUAGGAUUUGUUAUCACUACGUGGAUUUAUUCUACUGAGUAACGUACGUUAUUUUACUCAUUUCUGUUUCCUGCGCUUGACUCCGUCCUCACCUAUACACCACUGACGCUGCCAGUCGGGUCUCAAUUUCCAGGUGUAUAACUGUACAAUGCUAGAUGACUUCCUGUUGAAGAACUACCUGACUCCCGCCUAUGCCCUGGAGUUUGCCCUGGGUUUCCCCAGCAACCUUCUGGUGGUUCUGGGUUACGUGUUCUGCCUGCCAGAGUGGAAGAGCACUAAUGUUUACCUGUUCAACCUCGCUGUCUCUGAUCUCCUCUUUCUAUGCACGCUGCCAUACCUCUCCUACCUGUACGCCAACGCCAAAUCAGAAUACAGCGGCUUCGGCUGCAUCAUCAACCGCUAUAUCCUCCAUACCAACCUCUACUCCUCCAUCCUUUUCAUGGUGUGGGUCAGCAUGGACCGCUUCCUGCUCGUACGACACCCAUCACGACUUCACUUCCUGUUGACCAAGAAGUCGGCCCUCUGCUUGUCUCUCAUGACCUGGGUGGCAGUUAACAUGCAGGUGGCCCCCCUAAUAUUCUACAUGGUCCAGGACAUGCAGAAAGGGAACUGGAGUUUAUGUAAGGACUUUGGGAGCCUGGGGGUUAUGGAGAACUUGCUGGGAUACAGCCUGGGCCUGACGGUGACUGGCUACCUGCUGCCUCUGCUGGGGCUUGGCUUCUUCAGCUACCACAUCAACCGGCUUCUCCGUGUCCAGGCAGAAGUGAUUCAGGGCACGGGGACAUCGUUCCGCAAGCCCGUACGGGUGGUCUCUGCUGUAGCGACCAUGUUUCUGGUACUGUAUCUGCCCUAUCAUUUGAUGAGGAAUGUGAGGAUAGCAUCGCGGCAUCCCUGGGCAGGGCUGUCUGACUGCCACAAGAUAUAUAUACAGAGUGCAUACAUCCUGACCAGGCCGGUGGCAUUCGUCCAUAGUGUUAUUAACCCUGUGUUCUACUUCUUCAUGGGAGACAAGUUCAGAGAGCUCCUAUUGGCCAAGAUCAGAGUCCUAGUGAGACAGCUAGAACAGAGGACAGAGACCUCAAUGUGAGAUCCUGUUGAACACUCACUCACACAUACAAACCAACACACGGGAAAAUAUCAUGGUAUGUUUGAAAUAUUAUUCAAGUAGGCAUAUGUAACCAAUGUUGUGAUGUCCCGAUCUGCAGGGGAGGGGUGGAACCAGCCACGCUAAGCAUUUUUAUGUCUACUAUAUAAGACCUGAGCAUUUCUUGUAUUAUUGGGUUCACUACAAGUCAACUACGAUUGGUCCUUGACCAGCUCCAUUAUUGCAAUUCUUGAUAAUAAAUAUUGAUUGU